CAACGAAGGAUCUUCUUUGCGCUUGGACUGUAGAUUAAGAAAAGCAACAGAAAAUCCUGCUUUUGUUUUUUGCCUCUCCCAUCUCCUGUAUGCAGGCGCCUACAUCACAUGCGAGAUCGGUAUCAUAACAAUAAAAUGGUGAACUAUGACUCACAAGAAGGAUUUUCUGUUAUAUCUACUACUGUAGCUGAUACUACUGUGGACGAUGAUCUACACAUUUUCUCUGAAAAAUAUUUCAUUGGCAUAGGAAAGAAAUUUAACAGUGAUUUGCAAAUGGAAAGUAAAGCCAACGGCCAUUAUACGGAAAAGCCACUGCGAUUUGCAUUGAAACCACAGCAAUCACCUUAUUUAGUAUCUCCAACGUCUAGUAUUUUGACAUUAGAAGUAGUGCAUUUUCAUCAUGCAGGCAACUAUACUUGUGCCCCUUCGAAUGCGAAAUCAGUCAGUAUUACUGUACAUGUCUUGCGAGGUAAGUAA